CACCCACACAAAUCAGAAAGAUUACUAUAUAAUGCAAUUAUAACGGCUUUGUUUAUUCAGCGACAGCAAAACCAAUCGGAUACAAGAAAUAUAAGCGAGGUGUUUCAAAUUCGAGUUCCAACGAAAUUCGCUUUCCUUUUCUCUUUAUUUUUAGUUCCGCUUUUUCCUCUAUUUUUCUACUUUUGAACAAAUAUUUUAUUUUGGUUGCAAUCCGCUAUUACGAUUUAAUCAUAAACACACACUCACACACACACGCAUAUAGCAUAUAGCACAUACCAAAUAAAACAUGAUGGUCAAUAACAUUCGGGGGAGGCCUGGCCAGCUGCAGAUCAAUGUAGUCGAAGAUGCAGUCCUGCUGCAUGGUCAGGCCGACGAAUCUGCAGGGAAGUUGCUGCAAGGCAGCGUUACACUGGAUCUGGCCGAACCGAUGAAGGUGCGUGCCGUCCAUCUCAAGUUCUCUGGCAAAAUGAAUGUGUCCUGGUCUGAAGGCAUCGGGCACCAUCAGCACUACCACAAGCAGGAGCGAACCCUUAUUUCCCACAAAUGGCAAUACGUUCCCUUAACCGAGUCGCCUGUCAAAAAAACGUAUACCCUUGCCGCUGGUCAGCAUAAAUGGUUUUUCGAACUGCCAUUACCGGGUCAUCUUCCUCAAUCGCUCGAAGCCGAGGGUGGCCGAGUCUCUUACCGACUGAAAGCAGUCGUCGAGCGUCCGACAUUCAUUCACAACAUAAUCAAGAAACGACCGAUACGCAUAGUCCGGUGCAUUUUGCCCUCCGAAUUCCAGCUUUCUCAAACACUCGAGAUCCACAAUACCUGGAGCGACAAGAUGGAGUAUGCGAUUACGCUUCCUUCCAAGAUUUAUGCGCAUGGCGAAACGAUUCCCAUUUCCUUUGAUAUCCGGCCCAUUGCCACGAAUCUCCGAGUACGGUCACUGUCGGGCACUCUGAAAGAAUACUGCACGUACACAACAAGCGAACGGUCCAAGACGGAUACACGCGUGGUGCGCACAGAGCGGCAGGACCGCCCGUUUGCAUCGAUGGCGUUGGGCCAAGGCCUUGAAUGGAAAAGGCUGGUGCGUGUCCAUGUGCCGGAUCGAUCUCCUUUUAUCUUUUGCGACGCCGAUAAUGACAUGAUCCGCAUCCGACAUAAACUAAAGUUUGUCAUUUCGCUGGAAAAUGCCGACGGCCAUACGAGUGAACUGCGCUGCAGUGUUCCAAUCAUUGUGAUUGACACGUUUGUGCAACGUAGCGAGGGAAAUGCGCUGCCUGCCUAUGACGAAACGUGGCGUUCUGUGCCCUAUGAUCGAGCUGUUUGGGAUGUUCUGCGUACACGGACCUCUUCCGUCUCUGCCGAAGGUUCUGCCAAUGCUUUGUCUUCUUCGUCUGCCACUGCCUCUCAUGGCAUUGGUGUCGCUAGCUCGUCUGCAGCGGCAGUUGUGCAGCAGGAGCGCCAGCCGAUCACCAUUGCAAGCCGUACUCGAGCAUUGUCCAUUACUUCAACCACAAAAGCAGGCUUACAUGAUGAUCACAACAGCAAUAGCAACUCCACAGCGGAGGAGAACAGCGGUUUUGGUUACCAACCACGAUCUGUGGAGAGCUCGAAUGGCUUAUGGUGGCAUGGCAUGGAACUGUCAAGAGUGCCCUCCUAUCAGACUGCAGCUCAGCAGGAACCUGCAGCGCUGUCUUCAUCCCUGCCUCCGUAUGAUUCAUUAUCCGUCUCCCCUCGAUGGACCCGAUGAUUUAUCAGACUACUAAUAGUUACUCGUGUAUUAUAAUGCACGAAUGCAACAACAAGACGUACCCUUUAUCCCAAAACAUCAUGUAUACAGAUCCACCCCUAUUCUCUGUAGUUAUAUUCCAUAUAAUAUCUCUUUCCCACCAUUUCCCUAUCCGUGUUUUUUUUAACUUGUAAUAUUACUGUCACUACCACCACCGCAAAGAAUACAGACCUGUC